AGAAAUUCAUUUCUUUCCCCUGGCCUAAUGCUAUAAUGUCCAGUAAUAUAAAAGCUGAAUUAGAGAAAAAGAAAGCAAGGCUAGCAGCUCUUCAACGGGACCGAGAUGACAGGAGGAGGAGGAAACAGGAACAAGAGACUGCCAGAGCAGCUGAAGCUGGCGUUCCACCAGCUGGAAGCCAGAGACCUGGGGAAAUGGACAUCAACAAACUUAUUCAAGAUGUGGGAUUACCUCCUAUUCCCAGCACAGGUGAUGGAGACUCAGUAACUUCAAUAUCAACCAGCUCAGAUCGCAGUGCAUCAAAUACCCCUGAUACCAGUUUAACAACUUCUGCCACUUCUCUUCCUUCACAUCCUCCCAUCAGAAAAGUGGAGCUGAAGAUUGUUCAAGUGAAUGAAACCCACAUCCCACCUGAAGAGCAUGUGUCAUAUGAUAAAGAGACCCAGACUACAUCAACUGGAGAUUCUCAUGAGCGUCGUGGAGUGGAUUAUUAUGUCUUGACUUAUGACGAUUUGGGUGAUGGAGAGGAGGAUUCCCUACCACACAUUCAUAGUGCUCCUGUAUUCCAAAGCAAACUCCCACCUGGGGUACUCCAUCCAGGGAUGCCUCAGGUCCAAGCUGUUCUUCCACCUUCAGUUGAGGCCGAGGAUACUUCUAAGAACCAAGAGGCAAAACCUCAACGUCAAGAACUGAGUGAAGAAGAGAAGCAGACACUCAUGAUGACUGAAGAGUUUUUGGGAUUCUUUGAUCGAGCAACUCGUCGCAUUGAACGUGCCUUGAAUGAGGAUUCAGACAUCCUUGUUGAUUACUCAGCUGAUUUAGAUGCAGAUGCCAAUGGUGAAGAGAAGAGUGGACAGAGGUUGGUGUUGAACCGAUGGUUUGAAGAUGAGCGGUGGUCAAGGAAUCGAGUGGUCACUUCUGUGGAUUGGUGCCCACAAUAUCCAGAGCUUCUGGUUGCCAGUUACAACAAUAAUGUGGCCAGUCCACAUGAUCCAGAUGGUGUGGCUCUUGUGUGGAACACUCGCUUCAAGAAACACACUCCUGAGUACAUCUUCCACUGUCAAUCUCCAGUCAUGACUGUCUCCUUUGCCAAGUUCCAUCCUAACUUGAUCCUUGGAGGAACUUAUUCAGGACAGUUGGUGCUUUGGGAUAAUAGAGUCCAUAAACGAACACCAGUUCAAAGGAGUCCACUAUCGGCUGGGGCACACACUGCAAGUGUCUCUUUUCUUCAUCCUGAAGACUCCCAAGGAACUGGAAGCCUGAUGAUAUUGUCAUUUUUGCAGCAUCCAGUAUACAGCCUGACAGUUGUAGGGACAGCACAUGCACAUGCUGUGGUCAGUGCCAGUAAUGCUGGUCGCCUCUGUGCUUGGAGCCUGGACAUGCUGGCAGCUCCUCAAGAAUCCUUAGACCUGGUGUAUAAGCAAAGACCUGUCCCUGCUACAUGUCUCUCAUUCCUUCCUAAUGACUCUAAUAACUUUGUUCUCGGAUCCGAGGAUGCUUGCGUCUAUUAUGCAUGUCGUCAUGGGAACAAGGCUGGAGUACUGGAAGCAUUUGAGGGUCAUCGAGGACCAGUCACUGGGAUUGACACUCAUCGUGCUUAUGGACCCAUUGAAUUCUCUCAUCUCUUCCUGUCCUCCUCCUUUGACUGGACUGUCAAACUCUGGAGUGCAAAAGAAAGAAAACCUCUGCAUUCAUUUGAAGAUAAUGGUGAUUACAUCUAUGAUGUUGCAUGGUCCCCAAUUCAUCCAUCUGUUUUUGCAGCUGUCGAUGGGAAUGGUCGCUUGGAUAUCUGGAAUCUGAAUGUUGACAUUGAGGUCCCAACUGCAUCAGUGGUUGUGGAGGAAGGUGUUGCUCUGAAUCGUGUGUCAUGGACACAGUCUGGUCAACACAUAUGUGUCGGGGAUGAAAAUGGUCGUAUUUGGGUCUAUGACCUGAGUGAGGUGCUGGCUGUCCCAAAGGCAGAUGAUUGGAGCAACAUGAUGCAUACUCUUCAUGAGAUGAAGACCAAUCAAUUGGAAGAUGUGGAGAUCUCUCCUCCUCCUACCUCUCUUCCUAUGUCUUCUCCCAUGUCAUCUCUCAAGUUGUGAUCACUCCUCGCUCUCCUUUCAUCAACAUCUAUGUUGUUUUAUCUCUUAUUUCAGGCAGCAUUUUUUUAAAUACAUAUUGUAUUUUGAAAGUUUUUUCAUCACCUCUGCCUGCAAGUUCUAAGCCCUAUUAUCAUAAUGAGAAAAUGAAAUAGAUAACUACAGCC